UCAUUUUUUUGUUUCGACUGCCAAUACCGUAGCCAACCAGCAAUACUGGUACAUGGCGGGGUCGGAGGAAAUGCCAAUACCUUGUACAUGUAAUAAAAGCAUCUUGUUCUCGCUAGCUAGCUAGUAGCCACUUCUGCACACCGUACCGGUAUCUAUCAUCUCCCUUGAUACAGCGAAGAAGCAACACGGACUUUCUUGCUUGAGUUAAACAGGUUCGGCUCUUGGCUCUUGUUGUCAACUGCUACAACGCGGGUUUACUCUACCUCCAUUUUUUAUUUUCCAACUGAUCCGACCACCACUACUCUCUCUUUUACAAUACACACAAACGAUCCUUUCAAUCAAUCAGACGAACGAACGAUCCAUCCAUCCAUCAAUCCAACCAUGUCUGCUGAGACAUUCCUCCCUCACGUCCAUUCAUUGGGCUUUACUGCUGGUCAAGCAGCCCGUCAUUUUUUAAAGACUUGGGUAAUCAAAGGACAACAACAACCAGACGACACCAUGUGGUCCAGCAUCCAGGAAACAGCUCCUUCCUUGUGGUCGGCAAUGGUCAACUUUCCCCUAUUGUACAGUACAUGGUGGUGGGAUUUGCUCAAGCACGACCCGGUCCAUGUCUUGGUGGAAACUACUCUGCUGAUUUCGGUGAUUUACAUGUUCAUGAGCCGAUCCAAAGACUGGAAGCAAACCAAGAAGGAUCAACUCACCAAGAGAGAAGAAGAAGAUCUCAUCAAGGAGUGGCGUGAAAAUGGCCGUGCUCCCUUGGUACCCACAGCUGGGGCCGGUGGUGUCCCUGCCACUGCCAAGGAUGUCCCUUCCUUUGUCGUCCACAAAGUGGAAGGCACCACGAUGCAGGUCUCCAUGGACAAUGACCCUACCAUCCACAAUGUUAUCAACUUUGGUACCUUUGACUUUUUGGGAAUGUCGGCAGAAUUCACGGCUCCCGAAAGCAGCAUUAUGGGCAGCACCACCGCUAGCACUGGCAGUUCGACGGCAAUGACAACAUCCUCGGAAGAAGGAUACAAUAACGACAACUAUGAAGGAGUCGAAGAGAAAAAGGAUGAAGAGGCUGCAGAACUCAAUAAUAAUGAACAGCAGUACGGGAACCCCAAUGAACCAGUCGACAACAGCAAACCUUCAAACAAGAAUGGCAAGCGCAAGAAGAUGAAAAAGAAAAAUGUUGCUUCCAAGGUCACCGUUGUGGAAGAAAAGUUGAUCAGUAGUAACCCCAUGAAACAAGCAUCCGUUGAAGCCCUGGAACGAUACGGAGUUGGUGCCUGUGGUCCUCGUGGAUUCUAUGGAACCAUUGAUCCCCAUCUCAAGUUGGAAGAAGAGAUUACCGAGUUCAUGGGAUCAGAGGGAGCCAUUUUGUAUUCCGAUGGUGCUUCUACUGUUAGCAGUACUGUUGCUGCAUUUUGCAAGCGCGGAGAUUUGUUGGUGGUUGAUGAAGGAGUGCGUGAACCUCUCAUUGCUGGUGUCAAAUUGAGUCGAGCCUAUGUUAAAUGGUUCAAACACAAUGAUAUGGAUGACUUGCGCCGGGUCCUAGAGGGAGUGGCAGAGAACGACAAGCAGCUGGGACGUGCUCCCAACGCGCAACGCCGGUUUAUCAUUUGCGAGGGCCUCUACAAAAACACUGGACAGAUUGCAGCACUCGACAAAAUUGUUCCCAUGAAACAUGAAUUCCACUACAGAUUGAUUCUCGAUGAGUCUUUCUCCUUUGGAACACUUGGAGCCACUGGCAAAGGAGCUCUUGAGCUCUUCAACAAGAAGCUGAUGCAUGAUGCUGAAGUGGUCACUAUUGCACUUGAAAACUCACUAGGCAGCAUUGGAGGUGUUACCAUUGGUAAUGAAGAGAUUGUGGAUCACCAAAGGCUCAGUGGUUCUGGUUAUUGCUUCAGUGCGUCGUCCCCACCUUUUACAGCAAGUGCAGCAAUUGCUGCUUUGAACGAACUGAAGAAUCGUCCUCAUGAGCUCAUGACAAAGUUGAACGACAAUAAGCAAUACAUGUAUGACAAAUUGCAAACUUUCUGUGAGCUCCAAGAGGAUUUGCUUCUCAUUGCCAGCGACAUCAGGUCCCCCAUUGUGUUUCUCGUCUUGGCAGAAUGUGCGGAAACAGAGGAUAUUGAUGAGACGGUGUUCCUGUCCGAAGUUGUUCGAGAAUGCCUUCGACGAGGUGUUGGAAUGGUGUCCGCUGGCCAACACAAUACUCGUGCUGGAGUGCAGUUGUUGCGUGCAGAGCCACAACCUUCCAUUCGUUUGAAUGUCUCUGCUGCUCACACAAAGGCUGACAUUGAUGUUGCCAUCAAUGUUUUGUCUGAGUCUCUUAAUGUGGUCAUGCACCGCUAUGUUGAAGGGGAAAUAUAAUGUGGCAGUUGGGAAGGCAAGGCAAAGCAAAGCAGUAUAUUGUGGAAGUAGAAGUGAUCAGAAAGGUUGCGAUGCAGUGGUGGUAUUUGUUCUCGGUGUUGGCAUGUUGUAGUUCUUUUAACAUCUCAAGGGAACCAAAUGAUUUGUAUCAGCCUCCUAGCUACCUCGCCGUAGUUCCUCUCGGCAGGAUUCGAUUCAGGUGGCCAGAAUGGACCAGUGGCCCAUAGACCGUACGACUCUCAGCCAGCACACAAAGGAUACGGUAUCGACCACCCGCGACACUACAGAAUUCAUCAUGAACUGUAGCUAGUGCUUCCUCCACGGCUCUGCUCUUCGCUCCGCUCUACCUUACCUGCAGCAAGAGCUCGUCUUGGCGUAGCAAUCGAAGGCGUCCUACUAGCCAAACGUCACAUCAUCGGCCAGGCCAAGGCAUGCACUGGGCACGGACCUUUUCCAUCACAUGACUGGCUUUCCUGAUGCUGUUUGCUUCUUCUUCUUCAAGGAACCCAGCACCACCGCUCAGCAGAGGACAGGCUACCCCGAACUGAGCCACAGGAUGGGCUGGGAUGUAUACGAAAUUUUCACCUCUUCUUCAAAGAGACUGACAACUUCAUCGACGACAGCGUCGCUGGUUCUUCAUCUUCAGAUAAACCUCUGCUGGUGGAGAAUAUUUAGCGGGGGUCGCCUUGGCCAGUUUGCUUCUGCAUUUACUCAAACGAUUGGCACGCAAGCAAGAACAGCACACCUCAAAACAUCACCACUUGCCGACCCUGGUAAGCCCUGCAGUUGCAAGGGGGGACUUGACGAAAAGAUAGCAGUAGCAGCCAACCGAACUCAAUCCAACCACAAUGACAGCUUCAUGGCCUUUCAACUUUCACUGCAAAACAGAUGAAAGCAAAAUAACUAAGACCUGUCCUAACACGCGGACGUAGAUAUUCUGAACUGGUACACGAGAGACGACCCCCUCCUCUUCCUCCCUUUCGCCCUGCCCCGACGAGAGAUGUGAAGCUCACUGGGUGCCGGUACCGGAAAUGAGAAAGGGUAGAUCUCGAUUGAUUCAAGAACAGCACAUCAUGGGAACGGUGG